AUGAAGCUUCUAAUCUUAGCACUGGUUGCUGCCGCAUCUGCUGCCCCACAGGGGUACAACCUACCGACUCCCUCUGGUCCAUCCUUUAACGCAGGGGGUUGUGGCGGUGGACAAGUGCGACACGUGGACGGCAGCUGUGUCGCACCUCAAGUGAACAGUCGUGUGUUCUUGUAUGAUGUGCCACCAAAUCAGGCUUCUUCCAGUCGGCCAGCGAACGUACCAAAACCUAAACUCGAACGAAAUAUUGUUUUCGUCAGACUUCCUGAUGGUGCUCAAGGACCAGAACCCAUCGUCGUUCCUCCUCCAAGGCAACAACACGUCUUGUUCGUCCUUAACAAGCAGUCGGAACAAGGUCAACAAGUGAUCGAGGUGCCAGCGCCACCACCAGCGGAUCCCGAAGUGUUCUUCGUGAACUACGCAGAAGGAGAGAACCCGACUCUUCCUGGUGGAGUAGACCUACAAACAGCGCUUGCUUCGACUUAUGUUUGA